AUGCUGGUUUUCCAGGUUUCGGCCGACUUCCUUCGAUUAAAUGGCAGCCGACAACAAUUCCGGAAUCUGUUGUCAACUAGAAAGAAAUUGGGAUCUCUACCGCCAGCAUAUACAAGGAUCGAUUACAGCCGCGAAUCGCUUGACUCAAACCCUAAUCGAACAGCUCAUCAUGGACCGGUUAUCACUGUCGAAGACACUGGCUCACAGUUACGAAUCAACCGAGUCAAGUCAAGUAUAACAGACAGUCUUGUUGAGUCACACAAGGCCUCCCUUGAGAAUUCUACAGUAGCGUUCUGCGAGAGUAAUGGUAGUGCCGGUAGCCAUGCGACGACCAACCAUUUCAAGAGGAACAAUAGCAGAUAUGGUGUUCCUGUCGACAGUUCUGCUAUUAAGUUAGUGUAUCGUGUUAGAUCCGAACGGCUUAGUAAUCGAGUGAAAAUUACCGACCGAGCCUUGGUGCUGGCUAUGUUAGGGAUAGCAGUGAUGAUGAUCGACGCCGAAAUUACUGGACAAAGUUUAUUCGGAAUUACAAAGACUCAUCCUGUCUCACUGAUGCUUCGCUUAUUUGUCGCCUUAUCAACUGCAGCACUUUUAGUACAAAUCGUACUGUAUCAUAUCAAUGAUAUCGUGCUUGAUUUGGUCGAUUGUGGAGCAGACGACUGGCGUGUGGUUGUCACAACCGAUCGAGCCCUACAAUUUUGCACGGAAUUUCUGCUAUGUGCAAUUUGUCCGCUACCGGGUACUGGAACGCUUCAUUGGUCAUUCAUAGAAACCGCACGAAAUAUGCAGUCAAGUCACGGAAGAUCGUUCUACAUGAAAGAGGUCCCGCUCGAUGUGCCGUUGUCAAUUCUAAUGCUUUCACGCGUUUAUCUCUUCGCUCGAUUCAUGGUUUUGCAUAGUAAACAAUUUCAGGUAAGAAACUGA